AUGUCUGUCACAUCGGAUACUGACUACGUCAGCAUCGAUCAGUGUCCUCCUGACGGAGCUGACACCCACCCAUACGUCCCGCUCACAGCUACCCGUGAGAGCACCAUGGGAGUGAAGCGAGUCACCUUCGCACCCAGAUCCGAAUCAGACUCGGAUCAGAAGCCGGAGAAGAUGUCGACCGAAGGUGCACACCCUGACCUCGUAAGCGAUCAGUACCUAUAUUGCGUGAUUGACUGGCGAAAACUAACGGCUAAGGGGCCCGAGUCCGGCGAUCCCACUGCACGCACGUUUCACAGGAUACCCAAGUCUGUCGGCAAAUGGCAAAGCCGAGCCCUGGCAGCUGAGACAGAGCUGGCCGCCAGUCGUGCAAAACUCUCCCGAUGGUCCACCUACUGCUCGAAUUCCGAGCUCUACGCCGAAGAACUGCGCCGCAAGAUCCAGGAACACGGGGAGUACGAGAAUCAUCUGCUCGAGACCAACGCAAAGCAGUCCGAGAGAACACACUCACUGGAGGAGCAAUUGUCUGCUCGGACUGAGACGGCCCGGAAAGAAGCGACGAAGUCCGUGGCGGGUUGGAAAAAAUGUGCAGAGCUCGCGAAUCUGCUUGUCGACUCGUCUCUCGCCACGAUCCACGGUCUUGCCGACCAUGCCAUGUCCUCAAGUACAGCUGAGUGGUUUGCUUUGCCGCCUUUGCCGCGGCCUACACCGCCUGGACCUGCGCCGCCGAGCCCCUUCAGUGAUGCCGGUCACGUCACGACCACGACCGCGAAUGGCAGCGUGGACACGCAUGCUCCGAAUUGGGUGGAGCCUGCGAGGCCGGGAAGGGAGGGUGCAGGCGUACAGCCCUUCGGCUACGCUACCCGAGAUGACCAGGUGACUUUCGACGAACAGCAUCGUCACAAUGCUGCAGCCUUCUCAAAGCACUGUACACCUGCAACGGGCAAAGCGCCGAAGACCGAGAUUGCUCCGUCUGAAGUCACCGAUGACUGCAAGGAUGACUAUGGCAGGGCCCAACCGACUCCACGAAAGGCGGCUCCUCGUGUUGCGCCACCCGGCCCGGCACCCCCUACUGCGACGAGAAGGGCCCUUACUCUCCCUCCAGAGACGACUCGCCAGCCCGAUCCUACUGACCCCUCCUGCUCGCUCGUCAUCCGAGAACCGGUGGCAAAUCGGGUGUCAUUCGACCCCUCAGCCGCCAUCAUCCCGCCUCUCCCGUCUGACUCUGGCACGGAUCAGCCUCAGCCUACGGGGACAUCCAUCCCGGAUGCUUGGCACGGAGACAGCGCGUACGAAGACGAUGCUGCGACUACUGCGUACUGGAAGCAUCAGUACAAUCUCCGCGGCGAGAUCAUCGCUUCCCAGCAACACCGGAUUGAUCGCCAUUGGGACGAAUUGCGCAGGUACGAGUCCGCGCUCCAGGCUUCCGAGAGCAGGGUCAGCCAGCUGGAUCACGCCUUGCAGCAGUCGGAGCAGGACAGGGAGGAAGGAAGGUGGGGCCUGGAAGAGACGUUGGCGCGGCUGGCACAUGUCGACGCUGAACUGCGCGCUGCUCACGCUUUCAGCGAAUUCUGUGGUGGACACCAUCAUGAGGGAGGCGAAGGAGGGGAUGAGGCAGGCGGAGCAUAUUCUACUGGAGCAAGAGCAUGA